UGGUGGUGGUGGGUAUAAAGUAACAGCAGAGUAACGUCGCGCAAAGCAGGUGUUUAUGUUUUCUGUCAAAGACGCGUAUUUAUGGAAAUAAAACAUCAUGAGGACAACAAAACGCAUACCGGCAUUCGUCCAGUAACAAAGAUCUGCAGAAAGUUCGUGAAAGUUUGAAGACUGCAUUCUCAGCUAAUCUGCAACAAUGAAUUUCUCUCCUUUUGGUGGUCACUUUCCUGCGUCAAUUCCUACGAUUCAUCAGUUUGCGGCGAAAUUUACUCACGAUGGAAGUAGUGGAGGACUGCCACCCCAAGCUGUCAGUGAUGGUGGAGGUGCAGGACCACGUUAUCACACCAGCCCAGGACCAGCUCAUUUCAAUCAACAUCAUCCUCCCAUUGGCAUGCCAGUAAAUAUGGGAAAGUAUGUUAGAGAUGAUGGAAGGAAUAAUCCAGGCGCGCCUCAGGUUAACAAUAUGAUGAAUCCAAAUUCAUCUAAGUACCAUGCAAGUGCUGCUAUAGCUGCUACUCAUCAUUAUCCAGGCGCUGUUGGUGUUCCUUACACGCAAGCGGGUUCAGUUCAGCAACAAAACAGACCUACCUCAUCCCCAUCCGUUCAGGAGCAACAACAACAGCAGCAGCAGCAGCAACAACAACAGCAACAGCAGCAGCAACAACAACAACAGCAGCAGCAGCAGCAGCAGCAACCUCCUCCACCACAAUCUCGGCAGAUGCCUGAGAAACGGCCACCCUAUCAUGCAGGUGAUAUGCAACCCCAGGAUCUGUGUGCAGCAAUGAUGAGGGAAAACCCAGUGGGUGAGAAACCGAAAGAUGUGAAAUGUGAAGAUGUUGAUAAGGAAGAUCGACCUGGUUCGAAUGAAGGGGAGUAUGGUGGAGCUAUGGCUAUCCAUCAGCAUCACCACCACCAUGCAACACAGACAACAACAACAAUGCCAGCAUCGUGGCAAAGCUUAGCCACACCAGGUUCAACUGUUGCGGAUUAUCUUUCUCAUUUACCAGCUUCUACUUUACCUAUAAGCCUUCAUCACUUUCUUAAGUACUCAGCUGAGAACAUUAAAAAAGAAACAGAAAUGGUUGCAAAUUCUGCAGGCCCAGCAAUAGGUGUUGCAACAACAACAACACCAGGGGUUGUGGGGAAUAACGGACCUCAAGUUGGUGCAAAGAAAAAGAAGAAGAAGAAGGUUAACAAGGAAAAGAAGCCUAGACCAAAACCUGGAGAAAUUCGUCUCACAACAGCUUUAGAUGGUUCCACAUUGUAUUGUUGCCCCGAAUGUCAUAUGGCAUAUCCGGAGAAAGAGCUAUUAGAGCAACAUCUCCUGGGCCAUACUUUAGAACGUCGUUUUGUUUGUGACAUUUGUGGUGCAGGACUGAAGAGAAAAGAUCACCUCACACGUCACAAACAGAGCCACAAUCCUGAGCGUCCUUAUGUUUGCACGGUGUGUCUCAAAGCAUUUAAAAGGAAGGAGCAGCUUACUUUGCAUUUUGUCAUACAUUCAGGUGAAAAACGACAUGUGUGUACAGAAUGUGGCAAAGGUUUUUACCGCAAGGACCAUUUGCGGAAACACACACGCAGUCAUAUUGCUCGUCGUGUGAAGGCAGAACUCAGUCAGCAUGCUCCACAACCUCAGCACCCUCCAAACCAGCUCCAGGUCGCCACUGUGUCUGCAGAACAACCUCCACCUGGCCUGCUUUCCUGAAUGACGGCCAAUGGGAACUACGCCAGUGUUCCCAGCCUUCUUAACUCGGAUCUCUUGGCAUUUGUGUCUGCUGCUAAAGAUGCAUUCUAAAGUGUGAAACAGACAGCUGAUACUACGAUAGGCUGUGGCCAUUUUAUUUGGCCCUGUUGCCUUUUCGAACUGAUAAUCUUGCUGGGCUUCGUAACAUGUGAUACAGAUUAAUAAGAAAUGCCAGCAUGUUGAAUUUUUAAUUGGUUUGUUGACGGCUCUACGUUAGCAGUGAUGAAAUGCGCAAGUUUGCUUCUGUGAUGUAGUAUUUUGGUAUACUAUUAGAGCACAUUUCUUUGUAAAUAGUUCCGUAAACAAUCCACAAAUAAUCAGGGAAUAUCACUUAUACAAAUCAACAUUUUUUUCUGACCAAAAAGUGUUCAUAUUUACAUGGUCACUUUGCUUGAGCCAAGUCCAUUAUACUCAGAUGGCAAAUGAACUGCUUUUAAAAUGAAAUGAGAAGUUGGACUGUAGUGUACAUAAUAACCAGUAGUUUUAUGUACAACCUUACUGCACUUUUAAAGCGUGUAUCUGUAUUUAUUACUUUUAUUGUGAAGUAGUUUCACAUUUUGAAAUGUGAUUUUAUAGAUGUUUUAUUUUACCUUUUUUCAUUUGUUGUGAAAUAUUGGUUGUGAGAUUUUACCUGCUUAGUUUUUUUAUGGAGUUUUUUGUUGAAGUGUGCCAUUUUCCAUAGUAUUGUAGGCCUAGCUGAUGUAAUAAAUAUUUUUGCCAUAGGGAUGUUUACCAGAUUCUCACCUGUGCAGAGGAUAAGAGAGAUAAAUACUCACAUAAUUUUUUUAGGUCAGUUGUAACUUUUGAGGAAUUUUUUCCAGGAAAAGCAUUAAUCCAGCUGGCAAAGCAGCUUGGUGAGAACAAGUCCCUUCAUUUGAGAUUAUGAGAAAGUAUUAUUUUUUAGUAAAUGUUAGUGACAGUAUUCAGGCAGGUACAUUUAAGGUAGUAUGUUAGUAAGAAAUGUAAUGUAAUAAGAGAACAUGUAAGAAGUUUUGAAUGUAUAGAGUGUAAGCAGGACACACAUAAUCAUCACAACUGGUACAAAAGAAAGCUUUUAAGUUAGUUGUAUUAACCGUGUACAAUCCUGCCAGAUACGUGCCAAUUUCUCCUCUCGUGCUUACUAGGCAUGAGCAUAACCUCCCGCAUGCAAUGCAGUAAUAUGUGCAUCUGCUUUGACACCAAAAGAAAACCAGUCACAAAUAUGUAUACUGAUAAUAAUGAUGGAAGCUGUAUUGGAGUAAAACUAUUGACUCUGAUUGUAGAUCAAUCAUGAAUUUUAUUAUGUUGAAACAUGAAAUUCCUUGAGAUAGUACAAAACACCAUGACUGAUGUAACUGUUACGCUUCAUUUCCUGUUCUCUUCAUCAACUGAAUGCUUGCUUUCUGGUAUGAAUGUAACUGUAUGUUCCAACAUGUCAGCAUGUACGAAUAAAGCUGUAAUUGUUUAUAGAGUGCGGUCUUUAUAAACAGUAUAUGUUGCUUGUGUAUUAAUAACUAAAAUUAUUAAAGUAUUUAAACAGA